AUGGAUAAAAAGAAUCAAGUUAAAUAAUUAGAAUAAGAAAUUAAUGAUAAAUGGUCUCAAUUAAUUCAAUUUUAUUAUAAUCCUUUAAUCAAAUAAGCACAUAUUAAAAGUGUUCAUGAAAUUGCAAAAUGUUAGGAUUAAGAAUGCAUUGAAAAAUAAUUAGCAAAAAGAGAGGCACCAAAAAACUAUUUAAAAAAAAUAACUAAAACUUAUGAAAAUGGAAUUGAAGAUUGUUUAUUCAAUUGUAAGUAUUCUAUGGCUCUUGAAAUGGAAGAUUGCUAUAUUGAUUGUUUUUCAAACAUUAAGAAAAUCGUUGAUAAAUUACAUUAAUUUUGA